AUGGAGGAGAAGCGGCUCUUCUCCGAGCCUCUGCACAAUGACCAAGCUCGUCAUCCUAUGUCUAAAGGUGAGCCUAGCCGCCCUGCGGAGAAAGCUAAUUUUGGUCCCUUGUACCUGAGAUGUCUUUCAUUGGGUUAUGAUCCAGAUAUCAUGACCGUUCGUGAGGAGAGUUCUAAGGAGGACAAUAUUUCCGUUCCUGCAGCAGGGGGCGGCGAAGAGUCCAGGGGCUGGUGGUUUUCAGACAUUCAGGCUCGGAGCUUCAGUGCCCAGCAGCAGUGUGAGUCGAGCCUUGGCCUCGAGGAGAGCAUAGCGACUGUGAGGGAAGCUGUGAAGACUCAAGGCCCAUUUGACGGCGUCCUGGGAUUCAGUCAGGGAGCUGCCUUUGUUGCCAUGCUUUGCUCCCUGCAGGAGCAAAAGCUGGAGCCGGAUUUAAACUUCCGCUUUGCCAUCCUGGUUGCUGGUUUCCGCAGCGCGUGUGAGGAACACUUAAAGUUCUACAAAGCUCCGCUCCAAAUCCCUUCACUGCAUGUAUUUGGACUGGAGGACAAGGUCAUCCCUGACAACAUGAGUAGGGAACUUCUCUCCUCCUUCCAGGACCCUCAGGUCCUCAUACAUCCUGGAGGUCACUUUGUUCCAGCUGCAGGGGCUCACAGGCAAACGUAUCAGGACUUUCUGAAGACCUUCCAGUAAACGUGUUUGUGCAAGUUCCAGUAACAUCACAAAACCACUGUUGUCACAAGCUUCAACAGAAAAAAAAACUGAAGCAUUAAUGUUAACAUUUGGAUCUCAGUCCAGAUACAUUUUGGAUAAAAAGAUCUGGAUCGAGAUCUGAGUUUUAAGCAACCUUUUAUCUGCUACAUCCAAAAAAUGUGCAUGUAAUUUUCUCAGGGAAAAUAUAAAGAAAA